ACAAGGUCUUUACUGGGUGUAUUUGAAGAAGAUGCUACAGCUAUUUCCAACUACAUGAACCAGUUGUACCAAGCGAUGCAUCGGAUUUAUGACGCACAGAAUGAAUUAAGUGCAGCAACACACCUGACUUCGAAACUUUUAAAAGAAUAUGAAAAACAGCGUUUUCCAUUGGGGGGUGAUGAUGAAGUUAUGAGCUCUACUUUACAACAGUUUUCGAAAGUUAUAGAUGAGCUCAGCUCGUGUCACGCGGUCCUUUCAACUCAGCUUGCCGACGCCAUGAUGUUCCCCAUCACCCAGUUUAAAGAAAGAGAUCUGAAAGAAAUUCUAACAUUAAAGGAAGUGUUUCAGAUUGCUAGUAAUGAUCAUGAUGCUGCGAUUAACAGAUACAGCCGAUUGUCCAAAAAAAAAGAGAAUGAUAAGAUAAAGUACGAAGUGACAGAAGAUGUGUACACUUCCAGGAAAAAACAGCACCAGACCAUGAUGCAUUAUUUCUGUGCAUUAAAUACUCUUCAGUACAAGAAGAAGAUAGCACUGUUAGAACCUCUCCUUGGGUACAUGCAAGCUCAGAUAAGUUUCUUUAAGAUGGGUUCUGAAAAUCUCAGUGAACAACUGGAAGAAUUUUUAGCUAAUAUUGGAACAAGUGUGCAGAACGUUCGCAGGGAAAUGGACGGUGACGUGGAGACCAUGCAGCAGACAAUAGAGGAUUUGGAAGUAGCCAGUGACCCUCUGUAUGUGCCUGACCCAGACCCCACCAGAUUUCCUGUUAAUCGAAAUUUAACCCGAAAGGCUGGAUACCUAAAUGCUAGGAAUAAAACAGGCUUGGUGUCGUCUACUUGGGACAGACAGUUUUACUUCACGCAGGGUGGAAACUUAAUGAGCCAGGCCCGUGGAGAUGUAGCCGGAGGCCUGGCCAUGGACAUAGACAAUUGUUCGGUGAUGGCGGUGGACUGCGAAGACAGGCGAUACUGUUUUCAGAUCACCUCUUUCGAUGGAAAAAAAUCUUCAAUUUUGCAAGCGGAGAGUAAAAAAGACCAUGAAGAGUGGAUUUGUACAAUUAACAACAUAUCCAAGCAAAUAUACUUAAGUGAAAAUCCAGAGGAAACUGCUGCACGAGUCAAUCAGUCAGCUUUGGAAGCUGUCACCCCUUCCCCAUCUUUCCAGCAAAGACAUGAGAGCCUGCGGCCAGCGGGACAGUCUCGGCCACCGACAGCUCGAACUAGCAGUUCAGGGUCCUUAGGAUCUGAGUCCACCAGUUUGGCUGCCCUGUCUUUAGAUUCCCUUGUUGCUCCAGACACCCCGAUACAGUUCGACAUCAUUUCCCCUGUGUGUGAAGAUCAGCCUGGUCAGGCCAAAGCCUCUGGCCAGGGAGGCAGGCGUACAAAUCCAUUUGGAGAAUCUGGAGGAAGUACAAAGUCUGAAACUGAAGAUUCCAUUCUUCAUCAGUUAUUUAUUGUCCGCUUCCUUGGCUCUAUGGAGGUGAAAUCAGACGACCACCCAGAUGUUGUCUAUGAAACCAUGCGCCAAAUCCUCGCUGCUCGGGCCAUCCACAGCAUCUUCCGCAUGACAGAGUCGCAUUUAUUAGUUACUUGUGACUGUUUAAAGUUAAUUGAUCCACAGACACAAGUUACAAGGCUUACGUUUCCUUUGCCCUGUGUAGUUUUGUAUGCUACACACCAGGAAAAUAAGAGGCUUUUUGGAUUUGUACUGCGGACCUCCGGAGGGAGAAGUGAAAGUAAUCUGUCAUCUGUCUGCUAUAUAUUUGAAUCAAACAACGAAGGGGAGAAGAUUUGUGAUUCUGUUGGACUGGCAAAACAGAUAGCUCUGCAUGCUGAACUGGAUCGUAGGGCAUCUGAAAAACAAAAAGAAAUAGAGAGAGUAAAAGAGAAGCAACAGAAAGAACUCAGUAAACAAAGGCAGAUUGAAAAGGACUUGGAAGAACAAAGUCGGUUGAUAGCUGCUUCCAGUAGACCAAACCAAGCCAGUAGUGAAGGGCAGUUUGUGGUCCUGAGCAGUAGCCAGUCGGAAGAGAGUGAUUUGGGAGAAGAGGGAAAGAAGCGAGAGUCAGAAGCAUAACCUUCCCCUUGGUUUUGGUUGAUUCCCUUCCCUUAGAGUUCAACAGUUUCUUUGGUGAAAUGGCACAAGGUAACAACUAUGUUGAAAUAACACCAAGUUUGUAUUUGCUUGUUUUAGCUUCAUUAAAAAAAAUAAGGUUGAUUGGAAAAAAUAAGAUUGAACUUUAUGAUUUAGAUUUACACUGACUUUUUUUCCUUAAAAAUAAUGUAAUAUGCAUUAACAAAGUUUACUUACCUGCUUGUUUCCCUGAAUACAUCGCUAAGGAAUUAGAGCUUUGCUGAAAUAUUUUUUUCCUUAAAUUGCCAAUUUUUUAUUUUGCCUUGUAAUUGGCCAAGCCUAUAAGAAAAGAUUUAUUCUGCAGAUUCACAUAUUCAUGGAUGUGUACUCUCCCUUUCAUUAGGAACAUUUGCUUAUAGUGAGGAAGCAUUCAAUUGAAGAAGUUUAAAACUUUCUACAGAGAAUUCUACAAGGUUGCAAAUACUUUAACAAUAUUAAAUGUGCAAUAGAAUUUGUAUAAAGCCAUUAGGACAAAUGUUAGAUGUAAGGUUUCUAGGUGUGGCAGGUGGUACUAUAGAUUUCUAGGCACUUUCUUGGAUUGCUUACAUUUCUUUGCUAGACUAUAUCUGAUGCCAGAGGAAAGAAGCUUAAGUGUCUUCAAUUCAAGAUUGAUACAGGGCUUGGCAUUAGUACCGUAUUCUUAGUUCUCAGGUUGGGACUUCAGUUAUUGCUGCAGAGCAGUAAUGGGUUAAAAGAGGACUUUGAAAUUCAUUGAAAGUGAUUUUUUUGUUGUUUUGCAAAUACAUUUUAGAUUAUGUGUAAAGAUGUUACAGGAGAAUACAUUGUAUUUUCAGCAUUGUGUGAAAUAAUUUUUAUUGAUAAUCAAAUGAUAUUUCAAAAGAAAUUCUAUAACAAUUAUGUUACUGCUUAAAGUAAAAUCCCCAGAGUUUAGUUUAGAAAAUGUAAUCUUUUAAAUUUCAGACUUCCCAAUAUUUUCAUAAUCCUAUGUUUUGAUAAAGUACUGAAUCACCACUUUAUAUCCACAAAGGCAAAUAACUAAUUUAUGAGCAUAAAAUAAAUUGCACUAAUUAUUGUAAAUACUUCUACUUCUCAAAUGAGUAAAAGGUCUAAUUCCAUGAAAGACUGAAAAGGAAUUGAAUGCCUGGUAUAGUAUAGAAGUUGACUAAGGAAAGAUUUUAGCUUGGUCCUAAGGUUAAAAUGACAUUUCUGUACUGCUUUUAUGUCGAGACUGAUUUCUUUUUUGUUACUCAGAUUUUAAACGUGGUUGAUAGAAGUUAUGCUCAUGUUCCACAUGAGAAAGUUUCCACAUAAAACAAUUGAGUAAAAUAUUUUACAUAAUUAAACGCCUACAAUUCAUGAGGCUAAUUUUAUAAGGGAAAAGCUUUUUGUUCUUUGAUAUGUAGUUUUAGGUCUGAAUUGGAAAUGGCAUCUCUUUUAGUUGUUAAAAUAUAACUCAUCUGUUUUCACACUUUGUAUGUACAUUAUUUUCUGUAGGAACGCAAUAGAUAAUUAUAUGCGGUAUCAUAUAUUCUUUUUAUCUGUGUGCCAAAUGGCCAUAGUGAUUAUUUAAUACUCUUCGAAGCCGUAUGUUACCAAAACAUAUAGUCAACAUGUAGAAAUUUAUGGACUACUCCUUGAUUAAAGUUCGUUUUGUGUUUACUAAAGGGGUGCUUUCUCAAUAGCGUAUCAUUCCUUUUGUUGAAGUUGAAAUUUCUUCUGUGGUCAGCACCUGAUUGGUCACAGCAAGUUCUGCUCUUUAGACUUUUUUUUCGGAUUGGUAAUAUUUCUGUUUCAUUAAGUCUUUUCUUUAUGUAAGUUGUUGCCUCAGUUCAGAUGAAAUCUGUUGCUCCACGAGAAAGGUGGGUCAUCGUUAAGAGGUGGUUUUACUUGGUGGUCCUUUGCAUGGUAACAGAGUGGUGACCUUCAUUAGCAUCCUAGGUCAAAGUAUUGGCUGGACUUAAGGGUACUUGCAGACUAGGGAUGCUAGACAGACAUACAGUUCCUUUUAAGCCACAUUUCAUAGGAGUUCUCAUACAUCCAUGUCCUUGGGUCAAACCAAAAUGCAUUCCAGUGCCAAAUAGAAGUUAUGAGUUGAUUCACGUUUCUGUUCUAAUACUAUUGAACUGUAUGAGCUCUUAUUCCAUUAUUGCAGAUUUGAAAGCAUCAACUUUAGUAAGCUCUCCCUUUUGUUUAUAGAAGGUUACUUAUGGCUUUCUUCCUAAUGUUAAAGCUGAUCUGGUACUGUUUUAUCCUCCUGUGAAAUCCCUUCUAUCCCUGGGAUACUUUGAUGGUGAUUGUGUUAGAUUUGGAGAUAACCUUUCUCUGACUCAGAACAUGCACUUAACAAUUUCUUAGAAAUCAAAAAAACUGCUUUUUUUUUUAAGAGCAGAAAUUAAGCCCACUUAAUUCUGCUGUGCAUUCUGCCAUAUACAUGAACAGUAGUUUUGUAACUGUGAUAACAGUCAACAGAUAGGAAAUCAUUUAUUCCUGCAUCCUUUUAGAAUUUCAAAACCUUACUAGGGACUAAAACAUAACUAUAGAACAGAGUACCUAAAUUGUCUAAUUUUUGCUGUGUCUGUAAUGAUUGUGUUUAAUAUCAGAAUUUUUAGGCUUCACAGUCGAGGGAUAAAAUUGUUUCUACUUUAGAAAGGACACUAGAAUGUGCAAAAGGUAACACAAUCUUGUUUGGUAAAGGCAUCUGAGUCAAUUUUGAUUAGGAGCCACAAUAUUUAAAACUUGAAUCUUACUGUAAAUGCUAACAGACCCUAAGAGCAUAUUGUAAAACCUUCUGCUACCUGAAUCAAAUGAAAAUAUUAAUGUUUGUUUUGACAACAACCUCCUAGUGUUUGGAUUGUACUUUAAAUAUUUAAGCAUACCAGUUACAGCAAGCUCUUUGUUUUAUUUUUAACAAGUUUGGUUAACUCUUUCAUGAGAUUUUUAUUCUACAUUAAUUGAUAGCACUGGAACCAUAUUACACUUUUAACCAAUCUCUUGUGACUGUUCUCAUACAUAAUUCAGUUAAUACUGGGGAUUAAACUAUAACUACUGUGCAGAAUUGCUUUGUAUAUUGGGUGAUACUGUAAUGUAAGUGAAUUGGUUAAUAUUUCACUGAUACUGUUAUGCAGUGUGCAGUUAAAAGUCAUGCAAUGUUUCCCUUCAGAAUUGGAUUUGAAGAACUCAUCUUCAUGUGAUCAUGGUAUACAUGUGGGGCAGAGAAUUUAUUUUUUCAUUUUGUCAAAAUAUUUGCUGACAAGGCUUCGGGAAAUAUCUUGUUAGAAGAUUUUUUAAUGUAUAAUAAAGUCCAUGAUUUUUGUACAGUC